AUGCCCCCCAAAUCAUCUGCGGGCAAAGAAAAGGACCUCGCGGACGAGGACGACGUCCUGCAGGCCGUCAUCCUCGCCGACAGCUUCAACAAGCGCUUUAGGCCGCUGACCGUCGGCAAGCCGCGGUGUCUGCUACCGAUAUGCAACGCAACCUUACUGGACUGGACGUUUGAGAGCCUCGCGCUCGCGGGCGUGCAGGAGAUUUUUGUCAUAUGUAGGUCGUACGCCGAGCAGGUGAAGGCCGCCAUCCGGGACUCGAAAUGGUCAAAGCCGAGCACGGGCCUGAAGAUACGGCCGAUCGUGACCGCGAAGGAGACGUUCUCGCCGGGGGACGCGAUGCGCGACAUCUACACGCACGGGAUCAUCACGUCCGACUUCGUGCUCGUCACGGGCGACCUCGUGAGCAACGUGCACAUCGACGAGGUCGUCCGUGUGCACAAGGAGCGCCGCCGCACGAACAAGGACGCCAUCAUGACCAUGGUGGUCAAGGAGAGCGGCGCGGCGCACCGUACGAGGUCGAGAGGGGACUCGGGCGUGUUUGUGCUGGACGCGCAGACAUCCGAGUGUCUGCAUUACGAGCCCGUCACUGGGUACCCGCCCAAGACACUUGCGCGUAUUCCCCGCGAAAUUCUUGCGGAGCAUCCGGAGGUGGAGAUCCGGAACGACCUCAUUGACUGCUCGAUAGACGUGUGUUCUGUUGAGGUCCCCUCACUCUUCCAAGAUAAUUUUGAUUAUGCGGACAUCCGGCGAGACUUCGUCUACGGCGUGCUCGCUUCGGACCUCCUCAUGAAGAAUAUCUAUUGCUAUGUCGCGCGAGAGGGCUACGCGGCGCGUGUCGCGGACACGCGCAGCUACGACGCAGUCAGCAAAGAUAUCUUGUCCAGAUGGACGUUCCCGUUGGUUCCCGACGAUAACCACCCAGGAGGACACUCGUACGAGCACCUCCGGGGAAACAGAUACAUUGCAAAAGACAACUCAGUAGUCCUGUCGCGUACAUGCAAGGUCGGCCCGAACACGCUGAUCGGCGCGCAUACACACAUCGCAGACGGCGCGUCCGUGCACGCGAGCGUGAUCGGGCAGCGGUGCACGAUUGGCCCGAACGCAGUGCUGCGCAAUGCGUACAUCGGCGACGACACGCAGGUCGGGGCGCGCACCGUCGUCGAGCAGAGCAUCGUCGGUGCGCGCGUGUCCAUCGGCGAGGGCAGCACCGUGCGUGCGGGCUGUCUUGUCGGGGACGGCGUCGUCCUGGGCAGGGGCGCGAAGCUCGAGCGGUUCGAGCGCCUGUCGAGGAAGAGGGAGAAGAUCGCAAGAGCAGACGCGGACGAAGACGAGGACGGGGACGACGAAGGGGAGGAUUCCGAGCUCGAAGAGGUGGAAGCGAAUCAGAGUGAAGACGUAAUCUCUAUAAUCAGCGAGGGCUCGAACGCCGUCGUCUGGCCGCGAGGUCCUCCUUCAGAGGAGGACGAAGAAGACGGGGUGGAGUCGUAUGACAACCAACGACUAAUGCGAAUAGGUGACAACGCGUCCGACCUCGAGCUCUCCGACCCGGGCUCCGAAUCCGAGUCCGAGUCAGAGUCAGAGGCGGAAUCUUCGCUCAACUUUCCCUCGCUCUCACGCACGUCCUCUGCGACCUCCUUCUCGGCCACCUCGGCCGGCGGGCCCUCCGCGUCCGCGCUGCACGCGCUGCGCCAGUCCGCGGCCGACUCCGAGUUCCGCUCCGAGGUCGCGCAAUCGCUCGAGCGCGCGUUCGCGGAGGGGCACUCGGUCGAGAACGCGGCGGUCGAGCUCAAGACGCUGCGCAUGGCGUCGAACGUGCCGCUGCGGCGCGUGCGCGAGGCCGUCGUCGCCGCGAUCGUCGACCGCGUCGAGGUCGUCGAGGGCGACCCCGCCGGGCAGCGCGCGGCGAUCGCGCGUGUGGUCGGGCGCUGGGGCGCGCUGAUCGAUAGGAUUGGCGGCGUGGACGCGGUGGAGAGCGUGGAGGUGCUGCAGCACCACUGCGCGCGCGAGGCGCGGCGUCUCCCGCUGUUUGGCCAGGUGCUCGCGGCGCUGUACCAGGCGGACAUCGUCGAGGAGGACGACAUCCGCGCGUGGCACGCGCGGCCUGCCUCGCGGGGUUCUGCACUCAAGCCUGGCAGCGCGACGCGCGAGGGGAUGGAGAAGUGCUGGGCGGUGGGGAAGAUGAUGAUCGAGCAGUUCGACGAGCAGGAAAGCGAGAGCGAGAGCGAGGAGGGGGAGGUGCAGCCGGAGACGAAGGGGGGUAAGCAGCCGGAGGAGUCGAGCGACGAGGAGGGGGAGGAGGAGGAGGAGGGUAAGCAGCCGGAGGAGGAGACUAGCGAGGAAGAGAGCGAGGGGAGCGAAGACGCUGGUGAGGACGUCCCGGAGGAUCCCAAGCAGGCGCCUUCGUCGAAGCUCGCACCCACGAAGCAGUCCGAGGAGAGCGAAGGGAGCGAAGAAGCUAGCGAGGAAGAGAACGAAGAAACCGGCGAGGAGGAGAGCGAGGAGGAGGAGCCGGAGCACGCACAGCCAGAAAGCAUGCAGCCGGUAUCAGCUGGCCAGGUCAAACAAGCUGUCCCGCCAACCACGGAGGCCGGUCCCGCAGAAAUAGAGGAGAGCGAAGAAGAAGCAGACGAAACCGAAGAAGAAGAGGGGAGCGCAGCGGGAAGCGAAGACACGGGCGAAGAAGAGAGCAGGGGCAACGAGAGCGCCCAGGGACACAAGGCGCCAGCGGCUCAUGGUCUGCCCGGCGCGACUCAAAAGGACAAGGAGAAGGAGACGGAGAAGGAGAGUCUGGGCGACGAUGGCGAGGAGGGUGAGGAGGGCGGCGCGGAGGGUGCGGGCGGGGAUGCGGAGGGCGUGGAGGGUACUGCGGCGCGCGGCGCGGCGGGUCGUCGGCUGGGUGCGGUCGUGCCCGGUAGCGUUUGCUGCUAA